UAGCUGACGGGCGCAGGGGUGCCUGGGAAUUGGAGGGUUUUCUUCUAAGUCCCGGCCCAGGUGCCACAUUCCUGCCUGAGGGGCCUUCUGCGCUCUGCUCGAGGAGCCGUAAUCCCGGAGCCGGGCCUCGGGCUCAGGGAAGAUCUGAAGAUAUUUCCGUGGAUAUACACACGUAACUUUUGAAAACAUCCAUUGUGGCCUUCUGCAUUUGUUGAUAAGAUGUUUGGUAGAUUGACUUUUCCUCAGAUGCUUCUUGCAUGUGUCCUUGGAGUUGCUGGAGGAAUCUAUAUUUAUCAACCAAUCUUUGAACAGUAUUCUCGAGAUCAGAAAAUGUUAAAGGAAAAGUCACAAAUUGUUCAAGAGUCAGAAGAGAAGAAAAGUUAAUGAUGGACUUGAACUGUACUGGGUGCUUAAAACCCAAGUCUUUGACAAGAUAUACCUAUUAUUAUUUUGAGCAUGAUUAAGUCAAAGAUAAUGAUCUAGUGGUUCUUAACACUGUUUGAACUUUUCAUAUACUUUUUUCUUGUUUGUCAUAUUGUCAUAGUGUCCUCAAGCCUACUAAUUUCCUAUCACUAAAAUCAAUAUCUUCAUG